AUGAGAUCCUUGACCGACACAAAAUCACGGUGGGAGGAAACCUUUAGGGCGGGGUCUGGGAUAGCCGAUCUGCAACGGGCCGUCAAGUUCAACGGCCCCAACAGUCCAUGCGCCGCCGGGUUGCGGUCUGUCUGCUGGAAGGCCUUCUUGCUGUGGAGGAAUGCCCCCUCGGAGAUGUGGCCUGAACUAGCCCGAGAAGCUCGUGCAUCCUACAGCACCUUGUGUGACCAGCACUUGCGGUUCAUCAGGCAUCCCGAACAACUCACCGCCCUCACCAUCGACCCCCUUGCCGACGACCCCGACUCACCAUGGGACACGGUGCGCAAGGACGAGACCGUCCGGGCCGAGAUCCUGCAGGAUGUCUCCAGGCUCCCCGAUGAGCCCUUCUACCAUGAGGCCCCAGUCCAAACCAUGAUUCUGGAUAUCCUAUUCAUGUACUGCAAGCUCAACCCCAGCGUUGGCGGCUAUCGCCAGGGUAUGCAUGAGUUGCUAGCCCCAAUUGUAUGGGUCGUGGCCCAGGACGCCGUCGACCGUGCGACUGCCAUCACUCCCGAUGAUCCGGCCGAAGCCCUUAUGGCCGAGAUGCUGGACCCAGCGUUUGUCGAACAUGAUGCGUUCGCCCUUUUCUCCAAGGUCAUGGAAAGUGCCACAAGGCUCGCAGUACUCGAGGCGGACUAUUCAGUGGCGCUACAAUCAAUGUUGAAAUAUCCGGCACCCCCCCCUCCACAUGGCCCUCAUACCUUUGUCGACGACGCCAUGUACUUGAGAGACCACUUUGACGCCGCCGGUGGUGUUACUCUAAUCUUCAAGUACACUGGUAAAAGCCCAGCCAAUACAUCCGUCACAUCACCAACACCCUCGCGUGUCCCAACGCCGUCAUUCCAAAAGUUCAACAGCCUGCGCCAACGGACACUGGGCGCGAGGGCACCACUGUCAACUUCGGCAAGGAUCUUACAACAACCAGGUGGUGUCGAGGCAUUAUUACAGGGAGCCGCCAAAAACAUGAUAGAGCGGGGAGAGAAGCUCGGUAUCAACCAGGCCGUGCGCGACGCAAUGGGCGAGUUUCGCCGCAACGUCCAAGGGCUCCAAGAAACUCGGAGCACUCCAAACGGAGGCCGCAGUCUGAAACAUAUCGAAGCUGUCGAGAUCGCUGCAGCCAAGGUCCAGUUCGUCAAAGCCUGCUUAGAAGAUCCCACGCUUGCGCUCCCCGAGGAGGAACUCCCUCCUAUCAAUACGCUCGCCAUAUCGAGCCCUACCGAAGCUAGCGCACCAACGGUCGCCCUCGACACCACCCCCGUAGUCAUGACCUCAUCCGCCGUAGAUGAGACGAGAACAGCACUAUCGACACCAGAAUCCGCCAAAGCCUCGAUAGCCUCCCCCAAGAAAGAGCCACAACCCAUGCCACCCGCAAAGCAACCCGACGAGAUGGACACCGACGACCACGACGAAGAAGACACCCUCCCACCACUCAAAUCCGAAAUCACCCGCCCCCCAUCCCGGCCGCUAUCCCUCUCCUCCGCCUCCUCGCAAGUCAUCCCCGACAGCCCCCCUCCACCCACCAACACCACCACCACCGCCGCCACCACCCAACCAUCCACGCUCACUGGAACGGCCAAACGGCGCCUAUCGACUCUCGGUCCUCCAGUGGACGGGCGAAUGUCGCCCUGGGAUGCUUUUAGUCCGACCCGCCCAUGUAUACCAUAA